AUGAAGGUGUCCAUCACGGAGGUCACCAUCGGGGACGGCGACGUGGCGACGAAGGGAAGCACGGUGACGAUGCGGUACCGCGGAACCUUGGACUCCGAUGGGUCCGAGUUUGACGCCGGCAAGAUCGAUUUCACCCUGUACGCAGGCGAAGUCAUCAAGGGGUGGGACAAGGGCAUCGAGGGGAUGAAGGUCGGGGGCAAGCGCGUGCUCGUCAUCCCUCCGAAGCUCGGGUACGGCAAGAGGGGAUCCCCUCCGGAGAUCCCCGGGGACGCCACGCUCGUGUUCGACGUCGAGCUCCUCGCCGUCCGGUGA